UGUAAGUGACACUUGCCUUCAAUCAGUUUAUACAGUGUGUGCACAGAAACUCUCCACCAGUUCAGUGACUGUAUUCAAGUAUGAAUAUUAGUGAGUUCGUUGAUCACUCCCAACUUGCAAAGCAACAAGUGUUCCCUCAAGGCUACCAAUUCCACGUAAAACAGGAAGCGGACAGCACGUCCCCACUGCUCACCCCUCCGCAUACCCCCACCUAUCCAGCUCUGUCGCCACCCCUAGCGAGCCACCCUUGUGAAAACUGGUACCGUCCAGAGCAGGUUGAGCCUGCGUACCAGUCCUACCCGAUAAUGCACUCCAGCAUCGCUUAUCCGAGUUACAACGUCUUCAUGAAUCAAUGGCUGAGAAACGCCGCCAUCUACCACCACGCCAGGAACCAAUUUCAGGAUUUAAGGACGCCGGGUCGCGCCCCGAUACCCCCGAAAAUUGGUGGAGGAAGCUCCAGGCCCAAGAAGCAAUUUAUAUGCAAAUACUGCAACAGGCAGUUCACCAAGAGUUACAAUUUGUUGAUACAUGAAAGGACGCAUACCGACGAGAGACCGUAUUCUUGCGACAUUUGCGGCAAGGCUUUUAGAAGGCAGGACCAUCUUAGAGAUCACAGAUACAUCCACAGCAAGGAGAAGCCGUUCAAAUGCAACGAAUGCGGCAAGGGUUUCUGUCAAUCCAGAACGUUGGCGGUGCACAAGAUUUUACACAUGGAGGAAUCGCCGCACAAGUGUCCUGUUUGCAACAAGUCUUUCAACCAGAGGUCGAAUUUAAAAACACACAUGCUCACCCACAGCGAGCGCCCUGUAGAGUGCUCUAUGUGCGCACAAUUUUUUGCAAGUUUCAACGAAUUGAAGACUCACGAAAUGACGCACUGCCAAGGCAAAGACAAGCCGGGUGAAACCCACAUCGUCCCUACAACAAUAGAAGAGAUCCAGAUCAGGACUGCAUGCUUAGACUUAACCAUGAAAAGGGAAGGUGAAGAAGUCAGCGUGAAGACCACCAAAGUAAAAUUAGGAUUUUCCAUCGAGGACAUCAUGAAAAGAUAAAAUAUUACGUUUUGUUUAAUUUUUACUAAGUUAAUUGUUGCCAAAGAUGUUAAUAUUUUGUCUACCUCUGUUUGAGACUGAAAAACUCCUAUGUUACCACUUUUUCAUUAGAUCUCCAGUUCCAAAAGUUUGUUCGUGUUAUGGUUACGUUGAUAGCAUUGUAUAUAACGCGCUGUAAUUUAUUUAUAUUAAUUAGUUAUUAGGUUAUUAGUAAAAUGUUUUUU